AUUUUUCCGCUUCUCUUUAUGCAUACCAUUCUUAUUAUGCUAACUAUUUAGCUACUAGUAUUAAAAAUCAGAAAAUCUUAAAUUUCUAGUUUCUACAGCUUUUUCUACAAGAUUUGGAAGCAAGAUGAAGGUUGAAACGAGAUCUCACGUAGCGCACGACCACGGGACAAGGAAACAUAAGACGCAUGAGCAUACGGAUCAUCGGACCGCGAAGAAGACGAAGCAAGAGGAUGAGAAUGAAACCAAUGGGAAGACAAAUGGUAAAGCAGUAACAUCAGCGAGUUCUAAGGAGUAUGAAGAAUUUUGUAAUGCCACCAGGGAGAAUCUAUCUCCUGAUCAUAUGAAGGCCAUUCUUCAGUUGAAUGGCCAAGACCCUACUGGUUUCGAUGACUCCGUCGUUUCUAGAUGCCAAGACCUGUUAUAUUAUGGAGCAUUGUUGGAAUGUAAAGUAUGUGGAGGCAAUUUGGAGUUCAUUGGAAAUAGUUACUCUUGCACUGGGGAAUUAAGUGAAUGGGCCACUUGCACCUAUAAGACCAAAAAUCCUCCCAGAAAACAGGACCCUAUCAAGCUGCCGGAAUCGGUUCUUGAUUCCCCGGUUUCUGAUUUGCUGAAGAAAUAUCAAGACCCGAGUCAGCGCCAUCAGAAGGAAAUACCUCAUCAUGCUGAUAAGCCUUUCACAGGCAUGGUCAUAUGUUUGUCUGGCCGGCUUUCUCGAACUCAUCAAUACUGGAAGCAAGUAAUUGAGAAACAUGGAGGCAAAGUAGCCAACACAGCUAUUGGUGUAACUUGCCUAGUUGUUCCUCCCAUGGAAAGGGAACGCGGUGGCUCAUCGAAAGUGUCUGAAGCAGUAGAGAGGGGAAUACCGGUGGUACGAGAAGCAUGGUUAAAGGACUGCAUCGAGAAAGAAGAGCUGCUGCCUUUAGAAGCGUAUGAAUGUGUUUCAGAUCGAUCUGCUUAUGGCAAAGGUAUUGCAUGGGACAAACAGGAUUCAAGUGAGGAAGCCAUUGAGUCCCUUGUUGCUGAGCUUAAAAUGUAUGGAAAAAGAGGUGUCUACAAGGACACCAUGCUGCAGCAACAAGGAGGGAAGAUCUUGGAGAAAGACGGUUUACUUUACAAUUGUGGUUUCUCUCUUUGUGACCAAGGCCGCAAAAUAAAUGAGAUCGCUAUAACCCAACUGGUCACCGUACCUGAGAAAAGGCUACACCUCUAUUACAAGAAGGGUAAGGUAGGGGAUGAUCCUAAGGCAGAGGAGAGGAUGGAAGAAUGGGAUAGUGUGGAUGAUGCAAUAAAGGAAUUUGCACGACUUUUCGAGGAAUUGACAGGAAAUGAGUUUUUUCCAUGGGAAACUGAAAAGAAGUUUCAGAAGAAACCACAAAAGUUCCAUGUUAUAGAUAUGGACGAUGGAGUUGAGGUGAGAUAUGGUGGGUUGGCUCUUCGGCAACUAGGAACAGCAGCUGCACAUUGUAAACUUGAUCCUGUGGCUGCAAAUUUUAUGAAGGUUUUAUGCAGUCAAGAGAUCUAUAGAUACGCUUUGAUGGAGUUGGGUUUGGAUUCGCCUGACAUGCCAAUAGGAAUGGUCACUGAUUUGCACUUGAAAAGAUGUGAGGAUGCUCUCCUGCAAUUUAUAGAGGAUGUAAAGUCACAGGAGCAAGGAGGACCAAAAGCUGAAGCACUCUGGUCUGAAUUUAGUUCAAAAUGGUUUACGCUCAUGCAUUCUACUAGGCCUUUCAUCUUCAAGGAUUUUGAGGAACUUGCGGAUCAUGCUGCAUCUCCUCUUGAGACUGUUAGGGACAUAAAUGCAGCUUCACGACUAAUUGGCGACAUGAGUGGCUCGACAUUGGAUGACCCAAUGUAUGAACGUUACAAGAAGCUCGGAUGCAAGAUAACUGCUCUAGACAAAGAAUCUGAAGAUUAUAAGAUGAUCCUUAACUACUUGGAAAAAACCUAUGAACCAAUCAAAGUUGGUGAAGUUAGUUAUGACGUUUCUGUUGAGAACAUUCUUGCUGUUGAUUUGAGUUCUGGACCAUCUUAUAAUGAGAUAAAGAAGUUGCCAAACAAAGUUCUGCUAUGGUGUGGAACUCGAAGUUCGAAUCUGUUAAGACAUCUGCAGAAGGGGUUUCUCCCUGCAAUCUGUUCUCUUCCUGUUGCAGGCUACAUGUUCGGGAGGGCAAUUGUAUGUUCUGAUGCCGCUUCUGAAGCUGCAAGGUAUGGAUUCACAGCAAUCGACAGGCCAGAAGGAUUCCUAGUACUAGCAGUAGCAUCUCUAGGGGACGAAGUAAUUGAAGUUAAGAGCCCUCCAGAGGAUACAAAGUCCUUGGAGGAGAGGAAGGUAGGAGUGAAAGGGUUAGGGAGGAAGAAAACCGAUGAGUCGGAGCAUUUUGUUUGGAAGGAUGAUAUCAAGGUACCCUGUGGGAAAUUAGUCACAGCAUCACCUGAACCAAAAGAAAGUAUUUUGGAUUUCAAUGAGUAUGCUGUUUAUGAUCCUAACCAGGUUAAGAUAAGCUUUUUGGUGGCUGUUAAGUACAUAGAGAAGGCAGAGUGAGAAGGGAGUGAUGGCUUGAAUUCAAAACCAGUUUUUUGGAGGGGGAUCAAGUGGGUGCAGAAGCAAUGAGCCAACGAUACAAGGGCACGCCCAUGCUGCAUCCCCCCUUGUUGCGGUUCCCUCAGGUGGUUCCACUACCGAGGAUGGUUUAUAUGGAUGGAUAAUAUUUUGCUAUUUCGUAGAUAGUUAACUAGUUAUAUGCUAUGUUUAAUUCUCCUAAGGGUUCAAAAGAGACUACACUAGUAAAGUAGUCUAUAUUUUGUUGUAACAGAAUCAGUAGAAUGGAACUGUAUGAAUGUUUCUUUUGUAGUUCUGGUAUAUAAUGGAAACAGACCCAUUUUGGUGAUCUUUUGCUGGAAA